UUCCAGAAUGUGGAUCCAGGAGUUUUAGGCAUCUUGGCGGAUUGUAGCCGUUGGUUAUCGAAUUAUGAUUUAGGUGCAUUUCACCUGGCACGUACGUCCACCUGAAGUGCAAUGCCUAGACAACGGUUGUUCACGUGCACUUGCAUCAAGAUCUAUCUUUGGAUCUAUUUUUUUCUGGUGGAGACGUUGAUUAUUAUCGAGACCGUAAUCGACGAAAUUCUAAUCCAAUACGACGCAAAAAUUUGGGUUUGCCUGGAGAUAAUAUCGGAAAAAUCCAAACAAGUAUCUUCUAUUCAACAGAUUACACAUGUCGAUCAUUCGCGAGUGGAAUUUGGCAAUAUGGCGAUCCUUGCCGAGGCAGAUGACCGCUGUCGACUUCGGGUUUUGCUUUCAACUUCGGGAAAGAAGCCCUUAAAACCUGGCAUGAUUGUGGGGGAGUGGUUUUUCAACUUUCGAAGUCUGACAGCGUACGCUGUUUACGAACAAAGGCUCGAACUUAAGAUGAAACACAAACCCACUGAUUGUGGUCCAGUCGCUGGUAAUUGCAUUGGAACUCUGGGCUUGACUGUCACUCCUGCGCCCGCUUUCAGCAGCAGUGAGCGGGGGAAAAACAUCUUAGAACAGUUCCCUCGACCACAUUCGUCGAAUCAAUCGCCCGGGAUCUUUACUACAAAUUUUCCAACCAAAAAAGUGGCAACGAAGGUUUGCGAGCGUCCGAAUCACAACCAGAAUUGUCUUCUGUCUUGGAUCUUCAUCUUACUUUCAACGAGCCAGACAAAUUUGGGAAGCUUGAACAGCUUAUUCGCCAGGUCUUCCGUGACCUCAAGAACCUCAAGAGAGAACUACGUCCAGUCAUGUAUAACAUCCGGCAUCCCGUCAUAUACAUGCGUUACAUACGUCCGGCAUCCCGUCAUCACAGUGGAUAUGUAGAUCCGAUUCUUGAGGAGUGAAGAGGCUCGGACUAGAACGAAGAAGAAGACAAGAACUCAGUCUUAGUUGGAAAGACUCAACUACGACAAGCGUAUACCUAGAAACGAAGAAGAAAGAACAAGUAUCGCUAGUCAGGAUGUAUAUAUGUAGAGUCGUAAUAAGUAUGCUCACCUCAGUCUUAGUUGGAAAGACUGAGGGAGAAGCUUAAACACAAUA